AUGUUCUACGGAGGGCCUAAUCCAUGCGUCUUCUGGGAUGUGGUGGAUUUCCCGUUCCCCGAUGGUCAAAGUCCUUUUUACAUUUAUCAGGCUCUGAAACAUCUUCAGAUUGAAGGUGACUUGUCAAUCCGGGCUUUUGUUGAUGAGGAAAAUGUCACAGAUCCCUUAGUCAAAGCCUAUGAGGAAGCGGGAAUUACCUUCAUUGCUGUGCCAAAGGAUAAAAAUGAGAGAGUUAAUUGUAUGAUACCGGAGAUUCUUUUGUGGACAGUGGAACAUCCUUGGAGAUUAGAGUUGUUUGUCAUCUCAAAGAACAUUGAAAAGGAAUCAUUAUUCUUAGACGUACUUGAUGAUGUGGUAAAUCUGAACUGCAAUGUUAUGAUAGCAGUGCCUCCUGAUCUCCCAUCAAGUCAGCUACACUUUGUAAGCUUCAAAUGCUUUUUGAAAAGCCUCUUAGAGACGAGCGCAAUCUCACAAGGUCAUGACCUUAGGCGGAAGCGGAGUGAGGAGGGAACCUCAGAAGGUCCGAAGAGUGAGGAGGGAACCUCACAAGGAAAUUGA